AUGAGGCCUAGCGAGGACGGUGUUUUAGUAACGAAGCCAGAGUGCCUAACUGGCCAGACCUUCAACGGCAAGUGCUGUGCCGCAAUUAGUGGGCACUGCUUGAAUUUCCAAUACUGUCCCAUUGAAUCUGAUGGAAGGUGUUGUAGUCGUACGAAGACUGGGGUCGAAUGUGUUGGAACGCCGGUCGCAAGUACUCCAGACCAAGGCAACGCUAGACAGAUUAGACAGCCCAACCCUGUGAGUCCCAUUUUCAACGCUGGAAAGGUGGGCGAGAAGCCCAAGCAAGCCCAGCCCCAGCAGCCUCAGAAAACCUCAGGCAAAUUGGAAUGCGCGACCCCAGGUUUACCCCCUCCACAGGGCCAGGGCAACUGGAAUGAGCAGGUCCCGGCUGGAUACCCAGCUCGGGUUCAGUGA